UCGGUACGGAUCGUUAGGGUUCGGUGGUAUCCGGGAGGCCACGUACCGCGUAUCUGUGUGCGUGAGUGAGUGAAGAAGGUGGCACAUAAGAUCAGCCGAACCUCCUUUGACUCUGGUCUGUCCGUCGGUCGGUGUGUGUGUGCGAUGGUCGGUGGGAUGGUGAAUCCGCCGGAACCGGUGGUGAGGGUUGUUUUUCUCGUUUUAAAAGGAUAUAACCGAAGGUGAAGAAAAGUGGUAUGUCUCGAGAAAAACCUGAAUCUUGUCCCUUUGGCAGUCGCGAGCUGGUUAUUGAAGGGAUAAGUUUGAAACGAAAACCGGUUCCCAUUUGUUGGCAGACGUUCGGGGAGAGAAAAGUUCAAGAUCAUUCAAAGCAAGAUGCUGUGCUGUAGUAUCGUUUGAGUGGGAAAAUACAACAGAAAAGUGGAAAUUGACCUCUGGUGGAAGAAGGUAGUGGAAUUCCAGUGGACACUGUGACUAGAGUCAAUGUUUGGCCUUUUGCGAAGAGCAGGCGAAUUGGUUCAAUGAGGAAGAAAAUGCUUGGAGGUUCGAGGAUGGACGACCGUGUUUGCCGUUGAUCUGCCAAGGACGAAGUGAACGCCAUCUCUAGUAUGUGAACCAAAUAGUUGGGCUAGUAGUGCCAGCAGAGCGUGGUAUUGGUGAGAGCAUUGGUGGUUAUAAGUUCGCUCCCUCUCAUCGCACGAAAUUCCGUUUCGAACCUCACUGACUGCGAACUUGACUCCUGCUCCUGCUUCUGCCAGGGUGGAGGUUCGACCUUAUAUACUUUUCAGUGGGGGUAGAAGUGAACGAAGAAUCCUGACCGGCAUCACGAAGUGGUAGGUGGGGGAGGUGAAGGAGAAAACUCGGUAGGAUGAACUUUGCUUGCUAAGAAGGGAAAAAUGAUGAAGCUCAAACGGUCGUCACUCGUCUAAGACGUUGGUCGGUUUUCCACGUCACAGAUUCUAUCCGGGUCGGUCCUUUGCCCGCUGUUGAAGCACAGCAGAGCAGGGUGGCACUGGGCGCGGGUUGUGCGUGAAGAAUAAAAAAAAAGUUGCUCCUCAAGAACAAUGAAAAAUGUUUUGAGCUGUGUGAAUAAUGAGACUGAAAUGUGUAAAAAUAGUGUAAAAUAAGUGUAAAUGUUUCUGAAAACAACAUCGCUAGAAUAGUUAAAUAAAAUUCCUAAACCUGUAAAAAUCUGUAAAAUUUUAAAAUGUUUUAGCAGCCUUGUGUAUUAAAUAACUCGCAAUCAUAAAACCAGUAAUCAAAAAAUGUCAACCUCUGAAUAGAAAAUUGUUUCCAGAAGUGCAAUAUUGAUGAGCUAUUCCCGGGGAAAAACAAGCAAGAAUCAAGAAAUAAAGUCACCCAUCCAAGAUGAACGAAUAAGAAGAAAGAUUUGCUAAAGGAACCAGAGACCAACACAAACGAAAGUGGAGAGGGCUGACAAAGAAGACUACACAAAAACACUUAACGCAUACAUCGACGAAUCGAGCCAACACUUGCACUAUCGCGCUGCUUAAGACUAAGACAGUGGGUGGUAAACGGAAAGCCGGGAAAAAUCUAUCCAACGCACCACCCAAGCAUCUCUGCUGAGAGGGUGGUACGGUUCAAGAAAACCGGAGAGGCAGCAAUAAUCGAUUUUAAGAAAAGCAACAUUCUCAUCGAAGGAAGAAGCAGCAAAAAUGAAAGAAAACUCCAUGAUCGAUGUUUUCGACGCGACGGACUUCAAUCCGGACAUGAUUCUGUCGAAUGUGUUUCUGGAUCCUGGGCUCGAUUUCAUGACCAGCAUCGAUGAACUCAGUGAGAACAUCUUGCCGCAGGACUUUCUGCAGUUCGGAAGUUCACUGUUCUAUCCGGAGCAGCAACCGGUGGACAGUGGGCAGCUGCAAGCAGCGCCGUAUCAGUUGCAGUUGCAACCGAAUCAGCAACAGUCACAGUCGCUGCAUUUGCUGAUACCACAGCAGCCGAUAGUGCAGCAACAGCCGCAGCAGCAGCAGCAAAAGUGCGUGGUAGAACAGAAACCCGCCGAUGGAGUCAACCGGUUUCAUCAGCAACAACAGCAGCAAACGGCAACGAUGACCAACGAUUAUGUAAAACAGGCGGUAGUACCCCAGGUGGCAACGAUGGCGCCAGAUCCACCGAAAGUUGUCCCACCGCCGCAAUCCUGUAAAUGUGAGUUCUGCGAGUACCUCCAGGCAAAUCGAAUCAGUUUAAGUGGUUCCGGUGGAGCUGGACCAGCGGUAGGAGGUGACCACGUGUUCCAGUGUGAGUUCUGCGGAGAAGGAUUCGCCAGCCAGAGUAGCUUUAAUCGGCAUCGCUGCGGGAGUACUGACAUUCAGGUGUACCGUUGCGAGUCUUGUAGGAAGGAAUAUGGGACAUCCCGAACCGAGUCUAGUAUUAAUGGGUUGGAGGGAAGGGGAAAAUGUGAUAUCUGCAAUAGAAACUAUGUGCAAUCAACGACGGGAGAGAUAGGAGUAACAGCGACGCUUUAUGGGCAGGUUGGACGCCCUGCCCUGGCGGAGGCCAGCAGCUACAGUAACAAAGCCCCCGCCACAGACAGUCCGAUGGAACAGGACCUCAGCAGCAUUGAACCGUUUGGAUCGGAUAGUGAAUGUAUCAGUGACUUAUUGACGGAUGGAGCUAGUUCCACGGCGGCCGUGGUCGAACUUCAACAGACGAAUCUUCCUGGGAAAACCUAUUUCGUCUUGGGGAAUGUAGAACUGCAGCAAAUGACCAACGCCGGAGGUUCCUACAUCCAGAAUGCCAAAAUCAGCAGCGAAUCAAGUGUUACCAGCUUGCAUCAGUACGAUCAGUACGAAGAUGAAGACUACUCGUCCAUGUCCGAAGAUGAAGCUAUUGUUCCAAUAGAACCCUAUGCCAAAUCGCCCAAUCAGGAGCAAGCCAAAACCGAGUUGCCAAUACAGGAGACGAUCAUAGACACCAGCAGUAACGUAAGCCUCCCGUUCAGUACUUCCAGCUUAACCGCGGGCAUUAUGGAGGAAGAGGGAAAGUGUGACUCGUCUAGCAUAAGUACCGAUUUGGGUCAGCCGGAUCGACCUUUCAAGUGUCACAUCUGUGAUCGAUCCUAUCGGAACCAUAAAAACCUGAAAGCGCACAUAAAGGGAGCUCACGAAGGCGUUCGAGCGAAUCAGUGCGAAAUUUGCGGGAAGAAUUUUUCCGGAAGUAGUUACCUAGUAAUUCAUCGGCGAAGGCACACGGGCGAGCGACCGUUCAAAUGUAACACCUGUGGGAAGGCUUUCGUUGAUAGUCGAGCCCUCUCGGUGCACACUCGUUUACAUACACCCGGCAGUCGGUUGAAAUGCAUGAAGUGUGAAAAGACUUUCUCCAGCGCUUCCGCACUGACCGUGCAUAACCGAUUGCACACCGGAAUCCAUCCGUACAAGUGUGAAAUAUGCGAAAAGACUUUCCCACAGUACAACAACUUGAAGCAUCAUAUGAAAAAACACGAGGCAGCCACGGAGCAACGGCAGGUAUCUUCGCUGGAGGCGAGUUCGAGUCCUUGUUCUAGCAAUAGCAGCAGCAGCAUUUGCAGCAUCAGUAGUACUAGCAGUAGUAGUAAUAGUAGUAGUAGUAGUGGCAUCAGUAGCUCAGGCUCAUCGCUGGAGUACAAAUGUAACGUUUGCAGCAAACCGUUUGGAACUUCGGAAGAACUGCAGACGCACUUGAAUCAGCACUGUAAGGAUCGACCAAAUCAGUGCGAGUUCUGCUCCAAGGUGUUUCCUCGUUCUUCUCAUUUGAUCAUCCAUCGAAGAAGGCAUACAGGUGAACGGCCUUUCAAAUGUAAAUACUGCGAAAAGGCGUUUGUGGAUUCUCGAGCUCUUUCUGUCCAUACCAGGCUUCACACCGGCGAGAGGGUUACCUGCGACAUCUGUCUUAAAACGUUUGCAAGCAGUUCGGGCUUGAUUGUGCACCGCCGCAUUCACCUCGGAAUCCACCCGUACAAAUGUGACUACUGUCCGAAAUCUUUCGCUCAAUCGACUGCCCUCAAGUACCACCUCAAGAAACAUGACACCACAAAUCUGCCAACGACUACCGGUGCUGACGAAACAAAAGCUUCAAGCGACCAGCAAAACGAAUCCAGCCUGCAAUCGGACCAAUCGAAUCCGGCCACGACAAUGACGAGUUCAUCACCUUUUCAACAACAACAACAGCAAUCAAAAGGUACAACCGGCCACGUAAAGUGCCAAGUUUGUAACAAAUUCUUCCGUUCCGCGGAGUAUUUAGCCAGGCACCGACGGACUCACUCUGGCGAGAGACCUUUCCAGUGCGAGAUCUGCGGUAAAAAUUUUAGCACCAUGAGUUAUCUUGUCAUUCACCGUCGGCGACACACCUCGGAAAGACCGUACAAAUGUCCGAACGCAGACUGCUCGAAAGCUUUCGUGGACAGCCGAGCCCUGCAGGAACACAGCCGAUCGGUUCAUUCGAAAAUUCGCGUUCCCUGCGAAACGUGCUCCAAAACUUAUUCGAGCGUUAGCAAUCUGAUCGUUCACCGGCGCAUCCACAGUGGCGUUCAUCCGUUCGAGUGUGACAUCUGCGGGCGAUCAUUCGCCCAGAAGAAUGCCCUCAAGUACCAUUUAAAGCAACAUGUCAGCAAACAGGAACCAAAACCAAAAGUGUAAACCCAAAUUUACCAAACAACCCUCGGAACCAGACCAGUAUUGAUCCUAGUAUGUAUAGUUAAAGUGUAACUGUAGCGAUUCCUAGCUUAAAACCAACCCCCAGUGAUGAAUCUACUUACCAAAUAAGAAACUUACCUAAAGGGCAGAGAAUGUUGUAUGGAUGUGAACUAUUCUAUAAGGUUAUUGACAAUUUUAGGAAUCAAAUCGAAUUAAGGUAAUGUGGCAAGCGUUUGUAAAAAGAAUGACAAAAAAACAAUAUACAAAAGAAUCGUUCCUUAUUUGAAGACUUUUAAAAUAAUUUUAGAUCUAAUUAAUGGUAACGGAAGUAAACCUAUGAUGCGAGAAGUCGUGAACUAAACCAAAGUACGAAUAAGUGUAGUAAAAACGAAUUUUUUGAUUUAUUACUAUGAAAUUAUAAAAUUAUACCAGAUCUGAA